GAAAGUUGUGUCCGGUGGUGCGAUCAAGAGAGAAACGGAGAGCUCUUAAAGCGGCGAUGUUUCUGUCACGUGCUCCACGUGACCAUGGCUCAUGGCCCCGCCCUGUCUGAGCGGCGAGCCUCAGUUACUCAUCCAUCGCAGACGCAAUAAUCCGGAUCAUCCCACCGACAUCUCAGACCGAUACCGCACUAGCGAGACAGGUCGAGCAAAAAGCCAAUCUUCAACGCUGACCCGUGGUGUCGGAUUCUGCAGCCACCCUACGUUGCCAAUUCGGCUGCUGAUUGGCGUUUACUCGUGGGUACUUGAGAAACGGCGUGACUCGAUUCACCGGCCUUUUUUUUUUGCCAUCUGCGCAACUCGUACCUGUUUCCUCACUUGUCGUGCCCUUGUAAACAGAAGGGAUUUCAUAACCACACCUCCUCCGGGUUUAAUCUGUUAUAAUUCGGCUAUAUCUUCGCCUUCUAGUCCAGCCUGGCGUCGUUCGGAGGACCGUCCAGCGGAAUUGGAGACGGGGUUCUGCAGGGGACGACACCGAACCUAACCCCGCGGAAUAAUGCUUCUGCUGUCACCAGCCCCGUGAUGGGAGGUCUCGGUCAUACGUCUCUUUCUCCGGCCGUCGCGUCUGAUGGCGCGGGCCAGGCGAGGAAGCGUAACGUGGGCAUGGCGGGGCUCGACAGCUCGCCCGGCAGUAUGGAAGAUGUGGAAGAAAUCGAAAAUCGCGACGAGAAAAGAAGACAGCCUGUGAAGCGGGCUUGUAACGAAUGUCGGCAGCAAAAGGUGAGACUGCCGCUUUUUCUCUCUCUUUUUCUCAUUCUGCUCACAGAGCUGGUUGGCU